AUGCCUCCUCCCAAUUCACAGAGACCACGUACCGGUAGACGGUGGAAUACUAGUACCCUCGGGACAUUACGACCUCUGAUGCUUUCAUUAAUGAUAAUCUUGACAUCCAUGGUGGCCACAACCUAUGCUCACGAUAUGGAGUUUGAUGCUCUAAUUUAUGAAUCAUCCUUUUUCAGGGAACUGGCUGAACGAGGAGAAAUACAUGUCGAUGCUCGACCACCACCAUCGCCGCCCACCCGACGGGACGUAUAUUUCGAGCGGCGGCAAGAAGAUAACAGUGCUGUGCCUACGAUUGUCGCUGAACCAACCUCCAUAUCCUCCACUUCCAUAGACUCCCCAUCCUCGUCUACCAUCGAAACAGAAGCACCUCAACCUGCCACAGCAGUCUCUACCGCAACCACACCUUCUGUUACGGUGGUUACGACACCUCUUCCUUCACCUUUUGAUACGUCCUUGGGCAGCAACUUUACCAGUCCAUCUUGCCCUCAAUACUUCUCAACGUUUCUCGGCAACUCAACAUUUCAAUCCUGUGUCCCUAUUUCUCUAAUGCUACAAAACUCCAACUCGUUCUUUCGAGCAGAACGAUCAACGACUCUACUUGCUCAAACUUUUGAUGCGGCUUGCAAUGCACCUCUGGCGAUUUGCUCUCCUCUUCUCGCUAGUAUCGCCUCGGAUCUGAUCGAUGACUCAAACUGUGGAGAAGAUUUUAGACAGCAGAAUCCUCUUGUAACACAGGCAUAUGCAGGACUGACUGCUUAUGAACCGAUAUACCGAGCAACAUGUUUAAGAGAUGCAGAUACGGGCAGCUAUUGCUUUAUUGAGGCAAUCACCAAUACAUCGAAUCCCGCAGAUCCCUAUCCUUAUUAUACGGCUUUGGGGAUGCAGAUGCCUACAGCAGCGCACCCCACAUGCAGUCAGUGCCUCAAAGAUACGAUGGACAUAUUUGCCGGAUAUGCAGAGAUUUCUGGCCAGCCUCUGGCAAAGACGUACAUACCCUGUGCAAGUCAGGUCGAUGCCACAUGUGGGACGAACUUUGCUGCAACCAACGUCGAAGUGGGAUCAAUAAGCUCACCCAAUGUUGGAGCAUCAUUAUUCCCGAGUGCUUCAUCAGUCAUUGUGUUGCUGGUAGGACUAUGGUUAGCAUUUUAUUAA